AUGAUGUGGGAGGUGGUCAUCCCAAAAGGCCUGUCAGGUGCCAACCCCAAACAACACAAGGACGCAGAGCAUCAUAGCGAAUGCACAGCUGAUCUACCAAAUCUGCAGAAGGUCCCAGAGGAAAAAGAGAUCACAGCGGUUUAUCAAGUGGAGGUGGGCCCGGCACCGUCACUUCGGGGAAGCCGUGCGCAAUGGGGAGAUACCCAUUGGUUGACGCAACUAGCUCACAUUGCUACUGGGCCUCAGAGCCCACUACUACAGGCGGUUCCACACAGAAAUUUUUCCGCCCGAAGUGAUUUACAUUCAUACGCUCGGCCUCCCCCUGCUAACUCCACCAGAUGCUCACUAUCCGAUGAUGACGACACAGCCUGGAGUGUUGCCUGGCCUGACACUGCCUGGCAUUGUUUUCUUAAAGGUACUCACCUGCGUUUCCACAGUGGCUCCAAUGUAAAGUGGCACAAUGUCGAGGAUCUUCUGUCUGUAGAUGAGGAAGAGUCUAUAUCUUUGAAGAAUUACGGCUGUGAAGGUUUGCAGCUUGUGGCCUAUUCAGAAAAUGUGCUAUCCGGUCAGGCGGUGUUGCAGCUGACCUUUGACCCUGGCGCUUCUGGCCAUGGCUUGUUAAGUGCACGCUGUCAACUUGACCAUCCAUUCUACGUCAAAAACAAAGGUUGGUCGUCCUUCUACCCGAGCUUGACAGUGGUGCAUUAUGGGAUAGCGGGUUAUGAAAUGGAGAUAGGCGACAUGUGUCUGCCUCCGGGACACAGGGACGCCGAACAUAAAGAUGAUUCGCUUGUCUUCGACACAUUUAAAAGUUAUGAUUUCACCCCUCUGGACUCCUCUGCGGUUUACCUGCUAAGCAGUAUGGCCCGACGUCGGCAUGCCUCCCAGUCCAGCGGGGGAGCCGUUUCACCAGACAGAGACACGUUACAAGGCAAGCCCACGCCCAGCCACUUCCACUCACACCGCAAGCCAAUGAAAAACAUCAGUGUCAGCCCAGCAGAAAGUUACCACGCAACCCCCAAGUGCAAGCGACCAAUGAACGCGUUCAUGCUUUUUGCCAAGAAAUUCAGGGUGCAUUACACACAGAUGCACCCAGGCAAGGACAACAGAGCAAUCAGCGUGCUCCUUGGCGAACGCUGGAAGAAAAUGCGAAGCGAAGAGCGGCGCAUGUUUACCUUACAGGCCAAAGCGCUCGCCGAUGAACAGAAGAGGCUCGACCCGGACUGCUGGAAACGAAAACGCACUGACUACGGUUUUCAAGGAGACAAGUAA